CACGCGGUUUGCCGAACCUUCCAAUUGCCACUACAUGCUCCUACUAUAAAGAUCUUGGGUCGCCCCAAAUUGCCCCGGAAGCUUCGAGUACCGAGUACAUCCAGUCGCGCGCAUACAGUAUACAUAUACACCUUUUGCAUCCGCAAUGGCUCCCGAAGCGACUGUCCGACACGCCCGGCGCGAGGACGCUCCCGUGAUCCUGGAGCUCAUCCAGGCGCUCGCCGAUUACGAAAAGGAGCCCGACGCCGUCGAGGCGACCGUCGAGUCCAUCCAGGAGACCAUCGCCUUCGCGCCCUCGGGCGAGAACUCCGACACCGCGACCGUUCCCCACACCGAGCCGACUUCGCCGUCGCGGCCCGCGCGCUGCCUGCUCCUCUUCUCGCCCGAGGGAAAGGCUGUCGGCAUGGCGCUGUACUUUUACAAUUACAGCACUUGGCGGUCGCGGCCGGGCAUCUACCUCGAGGAUCUCUUCGUCCAGCCGUCGGAGAGGGGCCGCGGCUACGGCAAGAGGUUGCUGGUUGAGCUGGCCAAACAGGUGGUCGCCAUGAAGGGUGCGCGCCUGGAAUGGGUGGUUCUCAAGUGGAACGAGCCGAGCAUCAAGUUUUAUGAGAGCAUCGGAGCCAAGGCGCUCGACGAGUGGGUUGGCAUGCGAGUCGACGGCCCCAACCUGGAGAAGCUGGCGCACCUCCUGGACUGAAAUCGAUCGCGCCGCUUCGAGGGGUUGCAAAGUCGUGCGGGUGCGGUAUAGACUCGCGUAAUGGAGAUGAUCUCAUGAAACAGAA